GAGAGAUCCUAUUGAGGGCGGGACGCCUAGCGGAGCUGCCAGGGUGUUGCCGGAAGUCGGCGGCCCUCACGUGACGCGCGGGCGCCUGGGCUGUGGAGAUGGCUUCCUCUGCGGCGGCGGCGGCGGCGGCGCUGACCCAAGGGCUGGAGCGCGUCCCCGACCAGACCGGGUACCUCGUCAUCUGCGACGGAGCCGUCCUGGCCUCUGCGGGCGACCUGGAGAAUGACGAGCGCACGGCGGCGGCCCUCUCGGAGCUGGCCAGCACCGCCUGCGCCUUCCGCCUGCCCCGCUCCACGGAAGUUCCCUUCCGACGCAUCUCAGUGGUGUUUGGGGAGCACUCCUUCCUGGUGACCGUCUCCGGGCAGAAGCUCUUUGUGGUCAAGAGGCAGAACACCGUCCGGGAGCCGGUCAUCGUCUGAGCGGAAACUACGGCCACCUCCUCCCCAUGAGGAUGUUGGGACUGAGGAAGUGGCAGCAAAAGGGGGGAAGCCGGGAGCUCCUCCCCUUUGCACGGCAUUGCACACCAAGUACACCAGAGAAGACGGCCCACUCUUGGGUCUGGGGUCCGGCCACUGGGACUUGAGCGAAGUGGGGCACUCCGAGCUGCAUCAUAGGGAAUAAAAGCUUCUUAAAGCAAAAA